UUAGAAACCUUCCCCACAUCCUCUAACUGCUAAUGCAUUAGAGCCCCUGGUAUUACCUUCCGUUCGCAGCUAAGUCCCUCUUCCCAUAUUUUCCUUUCGUUCCAGUCCCUGUAGUUUCAUUUCAUUCGAGUCUACUCCUUGUUUCCUCGCCAAAAAGCCCCUGAGCUUCAUCCUAUUCUAGCCUCCGCUCCUUCUUCCUCCUUGGAAGGAGUUCGUCAGAUCUGGUCUAGAGAAUCAGAGCAACGCUUCCCCCAUGUUUACCCACCCCUUCCUCUGACGGCUGCCGUCCCCCGAUGAAGUUGCGCGUACGCUGCCGCUCCCACUCCUUCUCCGUCGCCUUCCUGUACUGGUUCUACGACUUCUCAUGAACUUCUCGCCCCUCGACAACGCCGCAUCCAUCUAGCCUCUAGUUGAUUAGAUCUCGCUUUCCUUCCUCCCUAGUUUCUCGUCUUCUUUCGAUCGUCUCCUUCCUCCCUCCACCCAAAACAGAGAUCUUUUCCGGUUCUUGACCCAAGAACCCCUGACCAUGUCGUCGCCGUCGCGCCGGAGCUCCAGCCCGGACAGCAACAUCGAGGGCGGCAGCGGCAGCGGGAGCGCCGGGGACGAGCGCAAGCGCAAGAGGAUGCUGUCGAACAGGGAGUCGGCGAGGCGGUCCCGCGCGCGCAAGCAGCAGCGGAUGGAGGAGCUCAUCGCCGAGGCCAGCCGCCUCCAGGCGGAGAACGCGCGCGUCGAGGCCCAGAUCGGCGCCUACACGGCUGAGCUCGGCAAGGUGGACGGCGAGAACGCCGUGCUCCGCGCUCGCCACGGCGAGCUCGCCGGCAGGCUGCAGGCCCUCGGCGGCGUCCUGGAGAUCUUCCAGGUGGCCGGUGCGGCCGUCGACAUCCCGGAGAUCCCCGACGACCCGCUGCUCCGCCCCUGGCAGUCCCCGUUCGCGCCCCAGCUGGCCGCCACUGGAGCCGACGUGUUCCAGUUCUGAUGCAAGAGCCUUCCAUCCAAGACAUGGAAUUGCUCCACACUGCUGCUGCUGAAGAAGAGUACUGCUCCUGCUAGCUUGUCCUGGUUAAUGUUUAAUUAUGGUUUGAUUCAUGAUGCUUAUGGUAAUUCUGGACUAUAUAUUAGUAGUAUGUUUUAUUUAGUGUAAUCUUGCCUACCAUGUCAUGUGCUCCUGCCCUGUAAUUUCCAUUGGAUGUAUUAGAGAAUUUUAUUGAUGUUUGUGGAGCACAUGUACCAUGGAACUUGAGAGGUGAUUGUAAUAAUACCUUCACAUGAACCUAUAUAUGUUUGAAUCAAUUUA